AUGACCUCCCUUUCGUCGUUUGUUGACUUCAGCAAGGAGUCUUUAUAUCUGUCUCUGUUGUCUAUAACCUUCAAUCCAACUGCUUGGAACAUAGUCGCGCAAAAUGAAUACCACAACAAAACUAUAACGCGCAUGUUCGGGGGGAACGCCCGUAAUGGGUGCUACUUCCUGGCAGUUAUGAUUUUCUCGUUUGGCUUGCUCCGUGACCACCUCUACCAGCGGGCUCUCGCCGACCAGCCAAGAGCACGCCUGCUCCCAGAGCCAUACGACACCAUCGUGCCAGCAGCGCUAUUCCUCGUCGGCCAAACGUUUGUUCUUACGUCAACAUACGCGCUCGGGAUUACCGGCACUUUCUUGGGCGACUACUUUGGUAUCUUGAUGGACCACAGAGUGGAAGGGUUCCCGUUCAAUGUGUUGAGGGACCCUAUGUACGUCGGGAGUACCAUGUGUUUCGCUGCCGGUGCGCUCUGGUACGAACGCCCCGCGGGUCUUCUCAUAACGGCUUAUGUGUAUAUUGUGUAUCUCAUCGCCCUGCGAUACGAAGGGCCUUUCACGGAUAUGAUAUACUCGAACCGCGCUACACAGCAAAAGUCUGAGCCCAAAAAGGAGCUAUAA